AUGGGAGAAUUGGCACCGACCAAAACGUUCUGCCCCACAUCUAGGAAAAGGGGAAUAGGGUCCUUUUUCAAGUUCGUAGCAUGUGUCGUGAUCACGGCCUGCCUUUCUCCCGCCUUGUUUCUGGGCGCCCUUUGCCAUCAGUACUUCACGGCUGUCCUGCCGCCGGGAAUCGACCAGCCUCUAAAAGUCCGCUGCUAUCACACCUUCUUCACGGCGGUUAUCGCUUUGGGUGUCAUUCUGGAGACCCUGGGGCUGUACAGCAUAGUAGGCCUUCUAAGAAUCGCAACUGUGGGACUCCCUACUUUGUGGGACUUUGCCCUUCGCACUCAGAACCUGCGAUUUGAUGAUGUGAGAGUGAGGGUUUAUCAGCCUAAAAAGCCAGCUGCCCAAAAAAGGAAAGGGCUCCUGUAUUUCCACGGCGGGGCUGGUACUUACGGAAGCAUUGAUGCCUAUGAGAGAAUGUUACGCCAUUUAGCCAAAGAAACUGAUUCAGUGGUUGUGGCUGUUGGGUACAACCUGGGUCCAGAGAGCCCAUACCCAAGCCAGUAUACCGAAUGUUUCAAGGCUACUGUCCAUUUCAUGAAGAAUGCUGAAGAUUUCGGUGUGGAUCCUAGCCGCAUAAUCAUCAGUGGAGACAGCUGCGGUGCCAAUUUUGCAACCCGCACUUGUCAGUUGCUGGCGGAACGGACAGAUCUCCCCAAAGUGCACGCCCAGGUUUUGAUCUACCCAGCAUUGCAGGGGGUAGACUUCUAUCUGCCCUCCUAUCAACAGAACAGCAGGGUGCCCAUCAUGUGGCGAGAAUUUGUGGCCUAUUUCGCCUGUAUUUACCUUAGAAAGGACACAUCCAUUGCCCCCGACAUCCUGGAGAGUCGCCACGUUCCUGAAGAUCUGAAACGAAAGUACAGCAAGUGGGUCAGCGGAGAUCUUAUUCCCGACGAAUUCAAGAUCCGAGGCUACAAACCCCAGGAUCCUGCCUUAUAUAAGUUUAAGCCGCAGGUGUACGAACAGAUCAAAGAAUUUUUGGAAGAAACGUUUUCGCCAAUGUUGGUGGAAGACGCUGUCAUCCGCAAGCUCCCCCAGACGUACAUUGUCAUCUGUGAGUUUGAUGUGGUCAGAGACGACGGACUCCUAUACAAGAAACGCUUAGAGGACAACGGGGUGCCAGUAACGUUAUGCCACAACAAAGGUGGCAUCCACGGCGUUGUCGGCCUUUUUGGCUAUGGAAUCUUCUCCUUGCCAUCUGCAGAACUCAUUGUAAGGGACACCACAAAGUUUAUCAAAAGUUUGUGA